AUGCAGGAUCUGGGACGGCUUCUGCUUUUCCUCGCUCUGAUCUAUGCUGGAUCACAUGUUCAUGGGAUUAUCAAUGGGGAACUUGCUUCAGAAGAUUCUAUGCAGUUCAUGGUUUCUGUCCAGAGCAAAAACGGUCACUUGUGUGGAGGCUUUCUCAUCAGGGAGGACUUUGUGGUCACUACUGCUCACUGUGACGUGGAUCUGACGCACGUCAUUCUGGGAGAACACAACUUGAAGAACAGCAAUGCCAAGAAAAUUGAAAUAACCAGUCGAUGCAAAUACAGCAACUACAAAGACCCUGGAUCAGGUUACGACAUAAUGCUCCUUAAAUUGGACAGCAGAGCUCCGAUAGGCGACAACAUUAAAACCAUUCCACUGGCAGAGAGGAACAUGAACUUGAAGGACAAUCAGGAGUGCUCUGUGGCUGGAUGGGGGUUGACAGAGAGCAGUAACUAUCCUGUGGUUGACCUGAGGGUGGCGAGUGUGUCCAUCAUAAAUCAGGAGGUCUGUUUGAACAACUGGAUCAACCUUCCCGCCAGCGUGAUCUGUGCUGGUGGAUAUGAAACCAACAAAGGAUUCUGUCAGGGGGAUUCUGCAGGUCCUCUGGUGUGCAACGGGAAAGCUGUCGGCCUUGCCUCUUUUAACAAGCAUCAAAACUGCAGAUACCCAGAUGUGCCCAACGUCUACACGGACAUCAGAGGAUAUGUUGACUGGAUCAAUUACGUCCUCAGGGUGGUAACGUGCCCCGAUGGCCAGGGUUGGAUUAGAGAGAUCCCCCCUCAUUCACGGGAGUCAGGGAUCAGAGACCUCUACAAAGCCCCUAAAUCUGUGAAUCCCCCGAAUCAGGAGACCCACAGAAUCAACAAAUCUACAAAUCCCCCAGAUAGGCAGACCCACAGAAUCAACAAAUCUACAAAUCCCCCAGAUACGCAGACCCCCAGAAUCAACAAAUCUACAAAUCCCCCAAAUAGGCAGACCCCCAGAAUCAACAAAUCUACAAAUCCCCCAAAUAGGCAGACCCCCAGAAUCAAUAAAUCUACAAAUCCCCCAGAUAGGCAGACCCCCACAAUCAACAAAUCCCCCAAAUCUACAAAUCCCCCAAAAUCUACAAAUCCCCCAAAUCUGCAAAUCCUCAGAAUAAGCAAAUCUGCGAAUCUCCUAAAUCCACAUACAACCCAAAUAUGCACACCCACCUAAUCCGUGACUCCGUGAACACCCUGAAUCUGCGAAUCCCACAGAUCCGCGAAUCUCACAAUUAAGCACGCACUCCAAAUCUGCAAACCCUCUGAAUCUGCAACCCCCCCAAUACGUUUUAGCAGAGGUGGGACCAAGUCAUUGUUUUGCAAGUCCGAGUCAAGUCCCAAGUCUUUGUCCUCAA